CGCAACCUUUCCCCCUUCCUUUUUGCUGAAUGUGUCAACCAUGGCCCCGAUUAAAAAGCAGGUGGUCAAGAAGCAGGGUGGAAAAAGGAAGAAGCAGAUCCUGAAGUUCACCCUGGACUGCACUCACCCUGUUGAAGAUGGCAUCAUGGAUGCAGCCAACUUUGAGCAGUUUCUCCAGGAGCGCAUCAAGGUGAACGGCAAAGCUGGAAACCUUGGUGGUGGUGUGGUGUCCAUUGAGAGGAGCAAGAGCAAAAUUGCUGUGAACUCCGAAGUUCCCUUCUCAAAGAGGUACCUGAAGUAUCUCACCAAGAAGUAUCUGAAAAAGAACAACCUCAGGGACUGGUUGCGGGUUGUUGCCAACACCAAGGAGAGCUACGAGCUGCGCUACUUCCAGAUCAACCAGGAUGAGGAGGAGGAAGAGGAAGAUUAAAACUAACACCACUUUUAAUAAAAAAUUUCUAAA